GUCACCUCUUAAUCUCGCGGUAUUUUCUACAUGUAAACAAACAUUAACCUCCAAGGGUCAGCGGCAGUAUUACUCAGUGUCACUUCAUUGGCACUUCAUGGACUACAUCACCCGGCAGUGCCAUAGUAGAGUGUGAGUCAUGGAACCUGGUACAAUAAAAAAGCUCGAUGAAACUGUUGUUAAUCGCAUCGCUGCCGGUGAGGUGGUCCAGAGGCCUGCCAACGCCUUGAAGGAGAUGAUAGAGAACUGUCUUGAUGCUAAAGCGACUCAGAUACAGAUAACAGUGAAGCAGGGUGGCCUUAAAGUUCUCCAGAUACAAGAUAAUGGGACAGGCAUCAGAAAAGGCGAUCUUGAUAUUGUUUGUGAACGUUUUACAACCAGCAAGCUGCGAGAGUUUGGGGACCUGGCAUCCAUCAACACUUACGGAUUCCGAGGAGAAGCGUUGGCCUCCAUCAGUCACGUGGCGCACCUGACCAUCACCACACGUACCUGCGACUCCGUGUGUGCCUGGAAAACUUCGUACGUUGAUAGUAAGCCAGUGGGACCACCAAAGCCCUGUGCUGGCAACCAGGGAACGCAGAUAACUGUGGAGGAUCUGUUUUAUAAUGUGGCCACACGUAGGAAGGCCCUUAAGAGCGCCGCAGAAGAACAUGCCAAAGUAGCUGAGGUGGUGAGCAGGUAUGCUGUACACAAUUCCCGUGUGGGGUUCACACUCAAGAAGCAGGGGGACAAUGGUACAGACAUCCGCACUCCACCAAACUCCUCGGUUGUGGAUAACGUCCGCACCAUCUAUGGCCCAUCUGUUGCUCGGGAAUUGUUAGCACUGUCAAGUGAAGACCCAAAGCUCAAGUUCUCAGUGAAUGGUUGUAUUAGUAAUGCUAACUACUCUGUAAAGAAGUGCAUCUUUUUGCUCUUCAUUAAUCAUAGGUUGGUGGAGUCCACAGCACUGAGGAAAGCUAUUGAAACAGUGUAUGCCUCAUACCUGCCAAAGAACAGUCAUCCAUUCUUGUACCUGAGCCUGGAGAUUGACCCAAAGAAUGUUGACGUGAAUGUACAUCCCACAAAACAUGAAGUACACUUCCUACAUGAAGAUGCCAUUGUUGAAAAGGUCCAGCAAGCUGUAGAGUUAAAACUGCUUGGAUGUAACACUUCCAGGACAUUUUACACUCAGGCUUUACUCCCUGGUGCAAAUACAGUUCCUGCAGUGUCAGAGAAGAGCUCCAGUGAUAAAGAUGAUGGUGGAGGAGCGGAGAAGAAAGAGAAGGUUUAUGCGCACCAAAUGAUUCGUACAGACUCUCGUGACCAGAAAUUAGACAAGUUUCUCACAAAACCAUCAGUGAAUAAGAGUACAGGUGAUGAUGAAGACUUUGAGGAAGAUGAAAAAGGCAACUCUGGUACUGAAGAACAAAACAGACGUGAGAUAAAACUAACGAGUAUUGUAACGCUACGAGCCCAGACAGAGGCCAACUGUCAUGCUGGACUUCGUGAAUCUAUUAAGAAUAUGACAUUUGUGGGUUGUGUUAAUGCUGAAUAUGCUCUCAUCCAGCAUUUAAAUAAGCUGUACCUGACAAACACCACUUCCCUCAGUGAGGAAUUGUUCUACCAGAUUCUCCUGAAUGACUUUGGUAACUUCGGCAUCCUGAAGUUAUCGAGUCCAACGAGUCUAUACGACUUGGCCAUGCUUGCUGUUGACCAGGAAGAGAGCGGCUGGACAGAGGGAGAUGGGCCGAAGGAGGACUUGGCAACUUACAUGUCUGAUUUAAUACAGUCUCACAAAGAAAUGCUAGAUGACUACUUCAGUAUUCAAAUAGAUGAUAAAGGCAACAUCUGCACUUUGCCUUAUUUAUUAGAUGAUUAUGUACCAGCGAUGGAAGGUUUGCCAAUGUACAUUUUGCGCAUGGCAACAGAGGUGGAGUGGAAUAAUGAGCUUGAAUGUUUUCAGGCCUUUUGCCGGGAAACUGCAAAGUUUUUUGCUAUACACCGAAAUCAGGCAACCGAGGAAAAGGACGGUGAGAAUGGGUGGCGGUGGUCAACGGAGCACCUUGUGUACCCAGCUAUGAGGAAGACACUGCAGCCUCCACAACAUUUUGCACAGGACACAACUUUCCUUCAAAUUGCAAAUCUCACAGAGUUAUACAGGGUCUUUGAAAGAUGUUAGUUUUAUAAUUUUACCAAAGUUGUCAUUGUUAUUUUAUACAGCAUAAUUAAAUACUGUAGUGUAGGUGUGAUACACAGCAUUAAUCUCCCGAGUCCUUUACUGAAUGUGGGAUUCUAUAUUAUUUGUUUAAGUGAUGGGAUGUUUGAGUAUGAAAGUUUUAAUACAAAUCCAUGAUAAUAAUACAUCAUGAUAAAUAAACUGUAUUCAUAUUCCAGCAUAUUCCCCUAAGUUUAAUAUAUCCUUAAGAGUCAAUACUGUUCCGGGUUGAGUAAUAACAUGUACCACACUCCUAAUUUUGACCACCACAUUUUUUCAGGCCAGUUAUAUUUAAAUGACAGAAGCUUUUAAAAAAGUUUCCUGUGAUUUGCUUUACAGUUAUAACUAAACCUAAUGUCUUUGGUUAAUUUGUCAGCUAGAGUGAAAAACUCCUGUACAGUACAGUACUCACCUCACCAGUCUUCAGUUCAUUUUCAUGCCCCACACAAGCAGUGGUUUGAGGCCUUCAUUGAGUUGACCAUUCUUGAAGGUUGAGUUAAGAGAGAAAAAUAUAGAGGAUGGCAAAUGCUCUAUUUCAUCUACAUCAUGUCUGGCAGUUUACAUUAUUUACAAUACAACAGACUGUACAUUUCACACAUGAAAUAUUUGAGAUUAUAUGAAAAUUGAAAUGAUUACAUAAAUGCUGAAGAAUUCUCAUCACAAAAUGUAUAGUAUUUACAUAUAAACUUAUUACAAGAUAAACAUUUACAGCACACUUUUUACAAUGAAACUAAUGACUCCUUACCAAUAUAAAAAAAAAAAACAC